GCCUCACCGUAGCUUCAUUACCUUCGUAUAUCUUUCCCCCCUCCCACCAUGUCACGCUCAUACGAUCGAGCUCUGACAGUCUUCUCGCCAGAUGGACAUCUCUUCCAGGUAGAAUAUGCACUCGAGGCAGUCAGAAAGGGAACUUGUGCCGUCGGCGUGCGAGGCAAAGACUGCGUGGUGUUGGGCGUAGAGAAGAAGUCGGUGUUGCAAUUGCAGGAUGCCAGGACAAUCAGGAAGACGGCCAUGCUGGAUAAUCACGUCUGUCUCGCAUUUGCUGGUCUCACUGCCGAUGCCCGUAUCCUGAUUGACAAGGCAAGAGUCGAGUGUCAGUCCCACCGUCUACGAGUAGAGGACCCCGUCACUCUCGACUAUAUCACUCGCCACAUUGCCGGCAUUCAACAACGCUACACCCAAUCCGGUGGUGUCCGUCCCUUUGGAAUCUCCACUCUGAUCAUCGGAUUCGAUCAGAACGAAGACGAUAGGCCUAGACUCUACAUGACGGAACCUUCAGGGAUGUUUAGCGCUUGGAAGGCGAAUGCCAUUGGAAGGAGUAGCAAGACGGUCAGGGAGUUCCUGGAGAAGAAUUAUACAGAGGGGAUCAGCAGGGAGGAUACGAUCAAAUUGACCAUCAAGAGCUUGUUGGAGGUGGUGCAGACUGGAGCAAAGAACAUCGAGAUUGCAGUGAUGGAUGGACAUGGCAAGAUGAAGACUCUCGACCUAGCACAAAUUGAAGAAGUGGUCAAGACGAUCGAGCAAGAAAAGGAGGCAGAGGCAGAGAGAAGGAGGGGCAGGUUGGCGGCACAGGCCAGCAUGCAGGACACAAUGGGCGGUGUUGGAUCUUCGUAG